GAGGUAAGAGAGUCUGCAUGGAGCUCUACAAUGUGUUUAUAAACUACAGAGCGCUGUUAUAUUGUAUUAUUUUGAAAGGUCCGGGUUGUAGUGUGGUAGGAGCGCGUUGUUUUAUCCGUUCAGACACUGAGGGAGAGCAGAGAGGAGGUGAGAGAGUCUGCAUGGAGCUCUACAAUGUGUUUAUAAACUACAGAGCGCUGUUAUAUUGUAUUAUUUUGAAAGGUCCGGGUUGUAGUGUGGUAGGAGCGCGUUGUUUUAUCCGUUCAGACACUGAGGGAGAGCAGAGAGGAGGUGAGAGAGUCUGCAUGGAGCUCUACAAUGUGUUUAUAAACUACAGAGCGCUGUUAUAUUGUAUUACUUUGAAAGGUCCGGGUUGUAGUGUGGUAGGAGCGCGUUGUUUUAUCCGUUCAGACACUGAAGGAGAGCAGAGAGGAGGUGAGAGAGUCUGCAUGGAGCUCUACAAUGUGUUUAUAAACUACAGAGCGCUGUUAUAUUGUAUUAUUUUGAAAGGUCCGGGUUGUAGUGUGGUAGGAGCGCGUUGUUUUAUCCGUUCAGACACUGAGGGAGAGCAGAGAGGAGGUAAGAGAGUCUGCAUGGAGCUCUACAAUGUGUUUAUAAACUACAGAGCGCUGUUAUAUUGUAUUAUUUUGAAAGGUCCGGGUUGUAGUGUGGUAGGAGCGCGUUGUUUUAUCCGUUCAGACACUGAGGGAGAGCAGAGAGGAGGUGAGAGAGUCUGCAUGGAGCUCUACAAUGUGUUUUUAAACUACAGAGCGCUGUUAUAUUGUAUUAUUUUGAAAGGUCCGGGUUGUAGUGUGGUAGGAGCGCGUUGUUUUAUCCGUUCAGACACUGAGGGAGAGCAGAGAGGAGGUAAGAGAGUCUGCAUGGAGCUCUACAAUGUGUUUAUAAACUACAGAGCGCUGUUAUAUUGUAUUAUUUUGAAAGGUCCGGGUUGUAGUGUGGUAGGAGCGCGUUGUUUUAUCCGUUCAGACACUGAGGGAGAGCAGAGAGGAGGUGAGAGAGUCUGCAUGGAGCUCUACAAUGUGUUUAUAAACUACAGAGCGCUGUUAUAUUGUAUUAUUUUGAAAGGUCCGGGUUGUAGUGUGGUAGGAGCGCGUUGUUUUAUCCGUUCAGACACUGAGGGAGAGCAGAGAGGAGGUGAGAGAGUCUGCAUGGAGCUCUACAAUGUGUUUAUAAACUACAGAGCGCUGUUAUAUUGUAUUAUUUUGAAAGGUCCGGGUUGUAGUGUGGUAGGAGCGCGUUGUUUUAUCCGUUCAGACACUGAGGGAGAGCAGAGAGGAGGUGAGAGAGUCUGCAUGGAGCUCUACAAUGUGUUUAUAAACUACAGAGCGCUGUUAUAUUGUAUUAUUUUGAAAGGUCCGGGUUGUAGUGUGGUAGGAGCGCGUUGUUUUAUCCGUUCAGACACUGAGGGAGAGCAGAGAGGAGGUGAGAGAGUCUGCAUGGAGCUCUACAAUGUGUUUAUAAACUACAGAGCGCUGUUAUAUUGUAUUAUUUUGAAAGGUCCGGGUUGUAGUGUGGUAGGAGCGCGUUGUUUUAUCCGUUCAGACACUGAGGGAGAGCAGAGAGGAGGUGAGAGAGUCUGCAUGGAGCUCUACAAUGUGUUUAUAAACUACAGAGCGCUGUUAUAUUGUAUUAUUUUGAAAGGUCCGGGUUGUAGUGUGGUAGGAGCGCGUUGUUUUAUCCGUUCAGACACUGAGGGAGAGCAGAGAGGAGGUGAGAGAGUCUGCAUGGAGCUCUACAAUGUGUUUAUAAACUACAGAGCGCUGUUAUAUUGUAUUAUUUUGAAAGGUCCGGGUUGUAGUGUGGUAGGAGCGCGUUGUUUUAUCCGUUCAGACACUGAGGGAGAGCAGAGAGGAGGUGAGAGAGUCUGCAUGGAGCUCUACAAUGUGUUUAUAAACUACAGAGCGCUGUUAUAUUGUAUUAUUUUGAAAGGUCCGGGUUGUAGUGUGGUAGGAGCGCGUUGUUUUAUCCGUUCAGACACUGAGGGAGAGCAGAGAGGAGGUGAGAGAGUCUGCAUGGAGCUCUACAAUGUGUUUAUAAACUACAGAGCGCUGUUAUAUUGUAUUAUUUUGAAAGGUCCGGGUUGUAGUGUGGUAGGAGCGCGUUGUUUUAUCCGUUCAGACACUGAGGGAGAGCAGAGAGGAGGUGAGAGAGUCUGCAUGGAGCUCUACAAUGUGUUUAUAAACUACAGAGCGCUGUUAUAUUGUAUUAUUUUGAAAGGUCCGGGUUGUAGUGUGGUAGGAGCGCGUUGUUUUAUCCGUUCAGACACUGAGGGAGAGCAGAGAGGAGGUGAGAGAGUCUGCAUGGAGCUCUACAAUGUGUUUAUAAACUACAGAGCGCUGUUAUAUUGUAUUAUUUUGAAAGGUCCGGGUUGUAGUGUGGUAGGAGCGCGUUGUUUUAUCCGUUCAGACACUGAGGGAGAGCAGAGAGGAGGUGAGAGAGUCUGCAUGGAGCUCUACAAUGUGUUUAUAAACUACAGAGCGCUGUUAUAUUGUAUUAUUUUGAAAGGUCCGGGUUGUAGUGUGGUAGGAGCGCGUUGUUUUAUCCGUUCAGACACUGAGGGAGAGCAGAGAGGAGGUGAGAGAGUCUGCAUGGAGCUCUACAAUGUGUUUAUAAACUACAGAGCGCUGUUAUAUUGUAUUAUUUUGAAAGGUCCGGGUUGUAGUGUGGUAGGAGCGCGUUGUUUUAUCCGUUCAGACACUGAGGGAGAGCAGAGAGGAGGUGAGAGAGUCUGCAUGGAGCUCUACAAUGUGUUUAUAAACUACAGAGCGCUGUUAUAUUGUAUUAUUUUGAAAGGUCCGGGUUGUAGUGUGGUAGGAGCGCGUUGUUUUAUCCGUUCAGACACUGAGGGAGAGCAGAGAGGAGGACUGCCCUAUCUUGGUGAAAGCCAAGGAACAAAGAUGGAGUCUGUUUACAUUAAACAGGAGGUGGUUCAGGAAUUGGUACCUAUCUGCAUUAAACAGGAGAUGCCUGAACUGGAGCCUGUCCACAUUAAAGAAGAGACUGAACUGGAGCCUGUCCACAUUAAAGAAGAAGAGACUGAACUGGAGCCUGUCCACAUUAAAGAGGAAGAGACUGAACUGGAGCCUGUCCACAUUAAAGAGGAAGAGACUGAACUGGAGCCUGUCCACAUUAAAGAGGAAGAGACUGAACUGGAGCCUGUCCACAUUAAAGAAGAAGAGACUGAACUGGAGCCUCUCUACAUUGAAGAGGAGCCUAUUGGUUUGUUGCUUAAGGGUUCAGAAAACAUAUCCCGGCCAAAGAUAUCACAUCAAUGUAGUGGAUAUGGGAAAAGCUUCAGUCAGUCAGGAACCCUAAAAACACACCAGCGAAUUCACACUGGAGAGAAGCCAUAUCACUGUUUUGAAUGUGGGGUGAGCUUCACUGUGUCAGGAAGCCUAAAAACACACCAGCGAAUUCACACUGGAGAGAAGCCGAAUCACUGUACUGAAUGUGGGAAGAGCUUCGUUCAGUUAGGUGACCUAAAAAGACACCAGCGAAUUCACACUGGCGAGAAGCCAUAUCACUGUACUGAAUGUGGGGAGAGCUUCAGACAGAUUGGAAGCCUAAAAAGACACCAGCGAAUUCACACUGGAGAAAAGCCUCGUCACUGCACUGAAUGUGGAAAGAGCUUCAGUGAAUUGGGACACCUAAAAUCACACCAGCGAAUUCAUACUGGAGAGAAGCCAUAUCACUGUAAUGAAUGUGGGCAGAGCUUCAAUCAGUUAGGAGUCCUAAAAAGACACCAGCGAAUUCACACGGGAGAGAAGCCAUAUUACUGUACUGCAUGCGGGAAGAGCUUCCGUCAGUCAGGAGACCUAAAAGCACAUCAGCGAAUUCACUCUGGAGAGAAGCUGUAUCCCUGUACUGAAUGUGGGGAACGCUUUAGUAGGUUUAGAGACCUUAAAAGACACCAACGAAUUCACACUGGAGAGAAGCCAUAUCACAGUACUGAAUGUGUGAAUGAAGGAGGUCCCCAGAGUGAGAGCCAGUCUGAAUCCAGAGACACAGAGAAGGGGAGCUUGUCAAACUGAAGGAGACAGACCCAUUCUUUCAGAAUGAACUGGACAGCCCUGGGAUUCAGCUCCACUCCUGGCCCUGAAUUGGAAAUGAAUCUCACUCAUCAUGCUGUGAGGAUUUAGGACAGAGUUACAGGGUCAUUCCACUUAGAAGGGACACGUUGGAAAUAUAUGCCAAGCUUUUUCUCUGAACAAUUAUAUGUGUGACAUGAACCCAACACAUUAACACGAGAACCGCCGGGUUUAUGCUACUACCUAGAACCGCCAGCAGUAGUCAUUUUGACGGGUAUAUUUUAAACAGCUUUGAUAUGAAAAUGAAACACAAACUGUCAGACACAACUCAAAAGUUUUAUUUAUGAACAUCAUAUCUAACAUCUGCAUAGCAGAAACAUUGUAUUUAAAUGAAAAAUAAACAUAAAAGCCUUUUUUAAAUUAGCGCAUAUAAUGCAUGACGUAAAAACAUGAAAAACUAUAAUAAAAUAAACAUUUCAAAAGAA